AUGUGCAUAGAUAAACAGGCCUGGAUUAAAGAGGAACUAAGGAGAAGUACGGCACCAGAUUUAGACGAGGAGGAAGUGUGCAAUUCUCAGGAAACGAUAAAUUCCCUGCAAGAAUCGGAUUUCCCAACAGAAGAGAGUAGAAGAAAGUUUAUCAAGGAUAGUUUUAAGAUAGAUGAGAACGAGAUUUUGAACAGGGAUGCAGAGCUGAAAGAGGAAGUGAUCAAGCUUUUCCUGGAAAACUUUUCUACGUUAGCCCUUCAUCCUAAUCAUUAUGGCAAAACAGAUUUACUGGAGCUGCGGACAGAAUUACAGCCAGGGGCAGUACCUAAGAGAUCCAAGGUGAGGCCAUUGAACCCUGAUCAGCAUGCAAACUUGAAAGAACAAUUGGAUGAGUGGAUCCAACUAGGGAUUAUAGAACCUGCAAACAGUCCCUGGGCAUCGCCACUAGUUCCUGUGAAGAAAAAGGAUGGGAGGCCGAGAUAG